CGGCGUAGGUUCUCCAUAGUGACGCGCUACGCCAUCUUGCAUUCAGCGAGCGUCGAGCUCAACAGAAACGCAGUUCGCGCUCCGCCGUUGUGAGAUCCCGGAGAGAUGAACAGUCAGAGCUCCCGCAACGAAACGGCAGCUGCCGCAGUCAACGGUUCGGAUUCAACGGCAACGGCUCCUCGGGACCGCAAACCCGGAGGAGGUGUUCCGAAAAGGCUAAAAUCGCGACGAAAUCAAGUGGACCGACGGCCUGUAACGGAGGAAGAGCUGCGGGCGCUGGGGAGAGAAAUCACUCCGGAUGAAGUUUUGGGACUUCGCGCAGUCACUCGCGACUAUUUGUGUAAACCAGAGGACAACAUCUACAGCAUUGACUUCACACGGUUUAAGAUCAGGGACCUGGAGACGGGCACUGUCCUUUUUGAGAUUGCCAAACCACCACAGUGUGACCUUGAUGAGGAGGAUGAGGAAAACGGAGAGGUUGACACCAGCGCCGGGCGCUUUGUUCGCUACCAGUUCACACCUGCGUUCCUUAAGUUACGCACAGUCGGAGCCACGGUGGAGUUCACAGUUGGCGAUCGACCUGUUACCAACUUCAGAAUGAUUGAGAGGCAUUAUUUUCAAGAGCGCCUCCUGAAGAGUUUUGACUUUGACUUCGGCUUCUGUAUCCCGAACAGCCGGAACACGUGUGAACAUAUUUACGAGUUUCCUCAGCUCCCAGAUGACCUCAUUCGAUUGAUGAUUGAGCACCCGUAUGAGACUAGAUCAGACAGCUUCUACUUUGUGGACAACAAACUCAUCAUGCACAAUAAAGCAGACUACGCUUACAACGGGGGCCAGUAGUGCCUCUUCAACAGGGAACCUGACAAUUGUUUGUUGGAGUGACCGUGUGGUUUUGCGUGGAAUGCAAAUACAGGAACGCCCCUCACUACCAGAGAACACGGUGUUGUCACCAGCAUUACGAUCCCGCUCCAUCGACCCGAUCAACUGGAAAUGAAUGUCCCACAUUCCACAAACUGCACGCACCACUUGUGGGUUUGGCCCAAAAAAAGUGGAGCCUUUCUCCUCCACCACACUUGACUAGCCGGAACUGAAGAAUUGUCCUGUCAUCCUGCUUUAGGGUGACUAAAAUUGAGGAGUUUUGUUUCGUAACCUUUGUUGUCUUACUUGAUGCACCCACCACCUUUUGUCCUGUUUUGUGAGAUUUUUUUACAACUCUGAAAGUUGUUAACAAAUUAAAUCCUGAAUGUUUAAAUGGGGUCUUUCUAAAUGUCGUAAACUGAAGCUAUCCUGUCACGUAUAUCUUUGGCUAUUAAACAGAAAGAGAGGUUAUGCA